CACAAGCAAAAGCACGAGCUCAAACGCACGAGCUAGCUAUCAAGCUUUUCACUACUAGGAAAAAUGAUGAAGGGCAUUGUGAUCCCAAUAUUGGUUCUGCUAGCCGUGGCUCACCUAAUGGUGCAGCAAGGAGAGGCCGUCGUCUCUUGUGGCCAGGUGGACUCGACCAAACGGGGUAAUCUUGACCCGGCUUGCUGCACCGGGGCGCAGAACAUCGAGAACCUUGCCCAAACCACAGCUGAUAAGCAGGCCGCUUGUGAAUGCUGUAAGGCAGCGGCAAACCGCUUCCCCAAUGUUGACGAAGUUACGGCUUCUACUCUCCCAGGCAAGUGUGGGAUUGAGAUGAAUAUCCCCAUCUCAAUGAACACCAACUUGCUUAUUAACUUUUCGCUUUUUUCUUGGACCAGCAUCAGCCUAACAUGGAGGUGAUCACAAGGCAGGAAAUAAAGCAAGAGAAAGCUUUGAGGGUUAUAUGAUCAUCCCCAGACAUGAGCAUUCGUUGUAUUAAUAAAAAUAUCUGUAUUAUUUCCUGUCGAAAUAACGAUUAUUUAUGCAUGAUUUGAGAGACCUAGUUAAAUAAAUUCAUUUCUGAGAUAUUUAUAAAGACG